GGAAAGGUAUAAAUGAUACAACUGGAAGCUCCUGUUCAGCAGUGCCAUCGUCCCUUAGCAGGUCUACACCGUGAGAAGAAUAGUGCUGAGUAGUUGCUCGCCAGGAAGACGCCAUGAAGUCAAUCGUAUUGACAGCAAUUCUGCUGACCGUCUUUUCAACUGCCAGCUCCGGAAGACCUCGCAGCCGCCGCGCUGGAAUACUGAACUUCACCAGCGACAAGAGGGCUCAGCUGGGACUUCCCGUGGUACCUUCUCAGAGCGUGCCUAUCUUCUUCGGGAAGUUCGUAAGCUUCUCUGGGCAAGUCUUGCCGACACCUUCUGCCCCCAAAUCCAAGCCUAACUUAGCUGCCCUGGUUUCAACGCCGAAGGAAGUCGUCGGCAAUAUCUCUCACAGUUUCGGUAACGCUGUCGGUCUAAUCGUCGACCCCGUCGUCAGUUUCCUGGUGAACGCGUCUGAUGUCUUCCAGCGCGGCGUGUCCGACAUCAAGUCCACCGUAAAACAGACCGCCGUGGCUUCUGUUCAAGACGCGUCGGAGCUGGUGAAGAGUCUUCAUGCGAAGAAACUGUCCCUGCUCAACAAGCCUGUGCUUCCCAGCGCCGCCGUCCCUAUCAUUAUCCUGAGACCGCCUCUUCCAAUGGUGCCGAUAAAUGUUCAGUCAGCGGGUGGCGUCGCCAGCGGGGCGAAUAUCCUCCUCAACAGUGGCGGUGGCACUGUCUCCAGCUCCCAGGGUAACCUCAUCAUCGGCACCUUGGUAUCUGGACCAGUUUUGCAGGAUGCUGUUCCUGGUACAUUUGAUGCAGCUCUCUCCGGGGACAGUACUCUGGAUUCUGAAAGGUCGACCACUAAAACAUAUGUCACUGCUGAGUUUGCAACGUCGGGAGGACUUCUACCUGCUGGUAGUACAACCACUGGAAACCCUGUAGUUCCGACAGGGCUCGGUGCAGCUUCCUCGAAUGCAGCUGAUGCACGACCUUCUGCUUAAGUCUUUGUAAUUUUUUUGUAUCUAUGUACAGCUGACGUGACCAUACUGUGGCAUUAAACGUUUUUAUAGUC